AUGGAACUGCCCGCCAGCAAACCCCUGCUCGAAAAGGGCACCCCGGCGGUAAGGCUCGACAGACCAUUGGCGAAGAAGCGCAGGUCGCCAUCUUCGCUAUGCGGCAACUGCACCAUCGUUCUCGUCUUGGCGCUUGCGUGCGUCAUCGCCACCCUCCGCGUGUUUGGCACAUCCACCGACCUGCGUCCGUGGUCGCGCCUUGGGGACUGGGGCGUCUACGAGUCUGAAGAUGCCGACGAGCCUCCCUCCGGCCUACCCGCGCCGCAUGAGACGGACCGCUAUCUAGUCGGCGUUAGCAAGGCCGACAUUACCGGCCCCGUCGUCGAGCUUAACAUGAUGGGCUACGCCGACGCGAAUCAGAUCGGGAGCGGCUUGCGCCAGCGCCUAUACUCGCGCGCCUUUAUCGUCGGCGACCUGGAUAACCCCAAGGACCGCUUCAUCUACCUCGUUCUCGAUACCCAGUCCGGCGACACGGCCGUGCGUUUCGGCAUUCUCAACGGUCUGCAGAAACUUGGCCCAUCAUACGCCAUGUACAACCACGACAACCUGGCAGUCACUGCCACGCAUUCGCAUUCUGGCCCGGGAGCCUGGCUAAAUUACCUACUGCCGCAGAUCACGAGCAAGGGCUUCGACAAGCAGAGCUAUCAGGCCAUUGUGGAUGGCUGCAUACUCUCCAUCCAGCGAGCGCAUGAAACUCUGGCUGCGGGCACGCUCAGUGUCGGCAAAACCAAGAUUUUUGGUGCCAACAUUAACCGCAGUCUAUUUUCCUACCUCGCAAACCCGGAAGAGGAACGCCAACGGUACAACAUCAGUGCCGAAGACGACGGCUCCGUGGAAAAGGACAUUACGGUUCUGAAGUUCCAGAGAGCGGCCGACGGCAAGAAUAUUGGCGUGCUGACCUGGUUCCCCACUCACGGCACCUCGAUGCAGGCCAACAACACGCUGAUCACGGGCGACAACAAGGGGCUAGCGGCGGAUCUAUUCGAGCGAAGGGUCCGCGGUGGAAACGACGAGACGGACGACUUUGUGGCCGGCUUCUCGCAAGCCAAUAUGGGAGACGCAAGCCCAAACGUUCUCGGUGCGUACUGCGAGGACACGGGCGAGCCGUGCGACUUUAAAACGAGUAGUUGCAGUGACGGACGCCCUGGAUCAUGCCGCAGCCGCGGGCCUCUUUUCCUCAAGAACGACUACGGAGCAUCGUCAUGUUUCGAGAUUGCUCGGUUACAGGUAGAGGGCGCGAUGAGCGUGUACAGUGAUCUGAAGAAGACAGAGAGCAAUGUGCGAGGCGUGGGCGUAAAGGCGGUUCAUGAGUUUCACGAUAUGGCGGGAUAUGAGUUCGUGCUACCCAACGGCACCGCGGCUCGAACAUGUCCGGCAGCGUUGGGAUACUCAUUCGGAGGGGGUACAAGUGACGAGCCGGGCCAUUUUGACCUGAUCCAGCACGGCAGUAACAUGACGAACUCGUCUCCGAUUUGGCGGGUGCUGCGAUGGCUGCUCAAGCCGCCGAGCCAGGAACAGAUAGACUGCCAGUAUCCCAAGCCCAUCGUUCUGGAUGUGGGAGAAGUUGGCCGACCAUACGAAUGGACGCCGAAUAUUGUUGACGUGCAGACGUUCCGCGUGGGUCAGCUGUUAAUCAUUGUCAGCCCGGGCGAGGCGACGACGAUGGCCGGGAGGCGGUGGAAGGAAGCGGUGGAGGCACAGAGCAAGGAGCAGAUGAAGGACGACUUGGCCGGUCAGGAGCCGAUUGUCGUGAUUGGGGCUCCGAGCAACAGCUACACGCAUUACAUCACGACGGAGCAAGAGUACAAUAUUCAACGAUACGAAGGCGCUUCUACGUUGUACGGGGCGCAUACAUUAGCGGCGUACGUCAACCGCACGCUGGAGACGCUGCACUACCUUAAGGCGAGCCACCCGACGUCGCGGGCGGGGCGCAAGGUGCGUCGUCUGCCGCCGGACAACAGCGAGCGGGCGAUGAGCUUCAUCCCGGGCGUGGUGUUUGACCGGACGUGGUCAGGAGGGUACGGGAGCGUAAGCCAGGACGUUGACAAGAGCCGGUUCCGACCAGGCGAGACGGUGCGGGCGCGGUUCGUCGGAGCGAACCCGCGAAACAAUCUACGGCUGGAGGGGACGUAUGCGGCGGUUGAGUACCGGGCUCCGGGUACGGACGAGGAGGAGGAGGGCGGGUGGACCAGGGUGCGAGACGAUUCGGACUGGGGACUCGCGUACCGGUGGAAGCGGCUAUCGGGGAUUCGGGGCACAAGCGAGGUGACACUGGAGUGGGAGGUGGAGGAGUGGGCGAGGGAUGGGGAGUACAGACUGCGAUACUUUGGGGAUGCCAAGACGUUUGGGGGAGGUAUUACGGCUUUUGAGGGAAUACCUAAGGCUCUGAGGAGGUGA